AUGUCAAAGGAAAAUACUUAUUAUAGUACUUCUCCCAUGUUACUUACCUUGUCUGAGGUGAUAAAGUAUGUCGAUAAUGGAAAAAAUGAGUUUGGUUGUGUUCGCCAGCCACUGCUUAACAUUCCACUUGAUCAUGUCAUUCCUGACGAGCUUCACCUCCUUCUGAGAAUAACAGAUGUCCUUUUGACCAAUCUUCUUGAUGAUGCGAUGGAAAGAGAUGAGAAGGAAGACAACCUGAAGGCGCGUGGCAUGGAAAAGGGUGUGCACUUGAAAGGCAUCGUCAAAAAGGCUACAGUAAUUGAGGGCCACUAUGUUUGUAAUUGGUGUUACCCUCAUUAA